AUGUCGAUCAUCGGACAUUGCAAUUGUGAGGCCGUGAGCGUGGAGUUGAAGGCUGGGGAGCAAAAAUUUUCAUCGAUGAUAUGUUAUUGCAACAACUGCGCUCGAGCUGGCGCAGGAUACUCGAUCAAUUAUAUGGUUGAUCAAGCUGAUGUGACAAUCAAAGACCCAAAAGGAGCGCUUCAGACCUAUGUGGAUACCAGAACAACGAGUGGAAAGCCGAUGGAUCGUCGCUUCUGUGGUAAAUGUGGAAGCCCUGUUUUAAGCCAAACCACGGAUGGCAAGACUACUGGGAAGGUGUUUCUCAAAGCCACGCUCUUUGACGAACAAGCUGCCCCUUUCUUGGAACUAUGCACAGCUUCUCGAAGUAGCUGGCAGCCUGCCAUCGCUGGAACGAUUCAGAAGUAG